GCGGCACUGCGCCUGCGCACUGGCCUUUGGAAUUGUAUCCGGUCUUGGUACAGCCUUGCGUCAUAAAGUUUCCGGCUGGGCUACAUAACCUAGAUUCAUACAAUGCUGCCCAUAUUUUGGGCUUCUUUGGGGGCAAAUUAUAUACUUACGCCUCUCAUUGGUUUUAUUGCACUCGAAUAAAAAUUCCUCUCCUCGUACCAUUCAUUCAAACUCCCAUUCAAUUGUCUGAAAGGAAGCCAAUAGGGUUGUGGACAUGGCAGCAGUUGUCGAGGUCAUCUCCAUCCUGGAAAGGACUCCUAUUACAAAAGAUGCACUGGAGUCAACAAGACUCGGCAAAUUUAUCAAUGAACUUCGCCGGAAGACCAAGAAUGAAAACUUGGCAAAGAGAGCAAAGGAUCUGGUACGCCGUUGGCGUGACAUGAUUGUACCUAAAUCGGAAACAGUACCCCAGGCUGCUGCUCCCGCAGGCCAGCAGUUCAAUGGGGCUAGUGUUCACAGUACAGGUCCUGCAAGUACUGUGGCUAACAGAGUCAUGUCAUCAAGUGGUCAUCUGAGUCCAGGUCUUCCUUUGAGAGGGAACAUCAGUCCUGGUUUGCCUGCUCAUGGUAGACACCUGAUCCGAAGUGCUACUGUGUCUCCGGCCAUGUCCCUACCCUCCAGUGAUCGAAGCAAUACCAGUCCCAGACCAACUUCCCGCUCAUCAACUCCAAGACCGUUCGACCAAAUUUCUACAAAGCCAUCUGUCAGUGCGUCAGUUGUAGAUCCUGUGCCCAAGACUCAUGCCUCAAAUAAGAGAUUACGGAAAGACAACUCUCCGGUUGAUGAUAAACCCUCCAAGAAAGUCAAGAGACCUAAUGGAUUAUCAACUGAACCAUCUUCUCAUGGCAUUGCUAAUUCUCUAGGGAGAACAGACAUUUUAUCCAGCAGGGAUGGUAGUAGAGAUAGUUUCAGUCCUCAUAGUGAUCAUGGAUCAAAUUCUUGUGAAGUGAUAAAAACAGUUGUGCCUUCUGAGCCCAUUGUACAAGACUCAUCAGAACCCAAGAAAAGAGGGAGAAAAAAGGGUUCGAAGAACAAAUCCAAAGGAUUGGAUUCAGUUUCAGAAAUAGGAAGAGAAGAUAUUGUAAAAUCAAAGAUGUCAUCCAUAGGAAGAACACACAGGGUCAAAACUACACAAGAGCUUUUGGCAGAUUUACAGGCUCGAAACACAGGAGUGCCUACUGACAAUGUGAUACCUCCUGUGGCAGAUAAUAAAGCUAGUCUCACAAAUUGUCUUCUUCCUGGUGUAAGAGGUGGUGACAGAGAAAGAGACUUGGAAAUGUCUCGGAAUAAAACUGAGCAUAUUGCCAAGUUCCUUCGCUCACAGUCAGAUCUUGAGCUUUCUAAUCAAGAAUUUCCUAUCAAUAGAGAAAUACAAGAAGAUAUUAAAGACACCCAAGUGUUGUGUCAUGAUGAACCUGAUCCAAGUGAUGAUGUUUCGAUACCCUCUAGACUUUCCAAAGAUGUGAAGUCACCAGCUGGUAGUAAUUCAAGAGAAGCCCCUUCUGCUGAGAGACCAAUUUCUGUUCAAGAAUUACAGACAGAUAGUCGACAAUCGCCUGCACCUCAACCAGUUGGAGGUGAUAGAACAGUUGAAGAGAUUUUAUUAAGGUUACCACCAAUUGAUGCAGAAUCCAUUGAAUGGGAAGGUUCUGAGAGUCCUCCUAAUUCUCCUCCAAUCAAGACUGUGACUGAAGAUGAUGUGUGUAGAUUGCAUAGUGAACACAUAAAUGGUGUAAAUGGAAUAGUGAACCAUAGUAGUCAAGAAAUUAAAAAUGGCGAUAUUGACUUUAGAGAAUGGCAUGAAACGGUUUCAAGAACUUCAUAUCAGGGUGAAAUGUUGCAUAUACUGCCCUAUGUGGUUAUUGAUUAAACGUUGUGUCUUCUAACAGCAUGCAAGAGUUGAGUACCCACUUAGAUUCUCUUCCAUUUGGUUUUUCUUUUAUAUUGUUAGAAGAGAGUUAUUUUUGUUGAAUUUAGGAGCACUUCUGCCAUGGUUUCGAAGUGAAAUGCAGGUCAUUAGUCUUGGAUGUCACCUUGAAAUCUGAACUUUUUUUCCUGUAAUUUUGGUCUGAAAAAUUAAUUCCAUGGGAAAUGAAGACAUUGUCAUUGUAUUACUUAAGAAUAUUGCCAGUAUUGAGACAGCUAGCUGCUAUGAUGAUAAUGGUUGGAUGCAGUGGUUGUUUUGUUGGUUUGAAUGUGCCUUCUUUAUUUCAUCCUGUUUUGCACUUGAGUUAGUUUAAUCACACUGGAGGACAUUAGAUUAAUCUCAACUUGUAUUGAUUUUGUUUUGCAUAAUUUUUUGUUAUUAGAACAACUAGGGAAGCAUUAGUUUCAGAACCAUUUGGGGAGAAUUGUUCUAGAGUGUCCUGUCAUUGAGCUACUGCCCAUACUAAUUUGUAGUAGAACAGUGCGCAGGCUGUAAAAGUGGUGUUAAGGGUGUUUUUGUGAUGAUUGAUGGCUUUGAAGUUCCAAUUAGCGAGAAAAACUCUGCCUACUCAACAAGGUUCUUGCCUGUUUUGUCUGCAAACUGCUGAGUAGGGGAGCUUUUCUCAAGUCUCGGCCAGGCAUAAUAAUGGAAGUAAAUGAAUGACAUUAUUAAAACAGGUGUUAGGUUUUUGUGAAGCAAAUUCAUAUCCUUAAAAUAUAACUAUCCUUUAUUUUCAUUUAGUCAGUUGAAUGAAGUGAUGAUGAGUUUUAUGCCGGCUGGCCGGUAGCUUUCUUGUCUCCCAUUUCCAUGUUUCACGUGCUUACCCUACUUCCAGCAUAUUUCAUGGCUACUGUCUCGAAUCAUGGCUGGCAGCUCAAUUCUUCAUUUUGUCUUGUCACUAAAUUGUAAGAAAAUUGAGGGGUUUCUAUUUCUGAGUCUGGUGUGAGUUGUCCUCCUAAACUCUCCCUAUUUUUGUUUUUUUUCUUUUUUGUUGUUUUUUGUGUUAAAGUUUUAGGUCUAGCCCCCCAGAUCAAACUUUUCUCUUGUGCCUUUAACAUCUUGUGAAAAUAGGAAAAGAACAUCAUCCAGAUAGCUGGAGAUGAGAACUUUUUAUCAAUCUGUGAUAUUUCAACUGAUUUGUCUCGUAUUAAGCCACAAGCUUAUUUCUCUCUGCUACAUCUUUAAGUUGAUGUACAAGACCAAACCCAACUGAAAGGCAUUGAGCUGUUCAGCCUUUGAGUUGCAUUGCCUGUGGCAAAUGUGCCAUUGCAUAUGGUUAGUGUAUAUUGGGAAUCAUUAUUUGUUUAACUUUCACAUUGUCAUUUAUAAAUGCAUGGUACUUCACUUUAUCCUGUCUUGAUGAACCAGUUCUUGCAUUCUUUGUUAAAUUAACUCAACCCUGCUUUAGAUGGCAGCCUUUUGUAUUUUGUUGAAUUCGUGUUGUUACUACAUGUAGCUUUAUUCUUGUCAAAUUGGAAUGAUAAUUUUAUACUCUUUGAUGUUGUAUAUGUCUUUCUAUUUUAUUAUCCUGAACCCAAUUGGCUUUUCACAGAUAUCAGCAGCAUUUUUCUGAAAGUGUAACUGCUUAACUGGUGGCACUGCAUCAAUACAGAGAGUAAUAGCUUCAACAAUAAUUCCAGCUUACAUAAAGUGAUCAUUAUGUUUGUGCUGAUCUUUGUUCAUUCAUUGAUAAAGUGGAUGUAUUUUUCUGCCAAGUAA